CCCCCCUGGGGAUCCAUGGGGCAGGCUGCAGGGCUCUGGCCAAGGGUUGGGGGUCCCAUCCCAGGGAGGGGAGUGCUGUCCUUGGGGUCCUGCCCAGCGUGGGGAAACCCAGCCCCCCCAAAAAGCCACGUUUUGCUAGAGGUGCCCGAGGUCUCGGGGGUGAGUUGGGAGGGGGGUGCCGGGGGCUCUGCCCUGUCCCUCAUCCCCGUGUCCCCCAGGAGGGUCGUGACGCUGGAGAAGAAGGCAGAAGAGACCUUUGGCUUCGAGAUCCAGACCUACGGGCUGCACCACCAGGACAGGAACAGCGUGGAGAUGUUCACCUUCGUGUGCCGGGUCCACGGCGGGAGCCCGGCCGAGGCAGCGGGACUCAAGGCCGGGGACACGAUCACGGGGGUGAACGGACUAAAUGUGGAGGGCGUCCGGCACCGCGAGAUCGUGGAGAUCAUCAAGAGCUCGGGCAACAUGCUCCGGCUCGACACACUCUAUGGGACGUCCAUCCGGAGGGCAGAGCUGGAGGCCCGGCUGCAGUACCUGAAACAAACGCUCUACGAGAAGUGGGGGGAGUACCGUUCGCUGAUGGUGCAGGAGCAGCGGCUGGGGCGGGGGGGGGGCCCGGGGGCAGCGGGACGGUUGUGGGCCCGGGCCGGGGAUACCGGGGAGGGGGCGGCCGUGCCCCGAAAAGGCCGACACAGCAGCUUCCGCCGGCGGCUCCUCAAGUUCAUCCCGGGGUUGAACCGGGCGCUGGAGGAGGAGGAGAGUCACCUCUAGCCGUGGGCACCGCCGGGGCCCCCAGGCCUAUUUAUUUAUUUAUUGCAAGGGGCCGUGUGCCCCCCCCCUCCCUCCCUGGGGGCUGCUGGAAGGAGCUCGGGGUCAGUCCCGGGGGUCCCAGCUUGUCCCCGUCCCCCCAAGGCCACGGGGGUCACGGCACCGAGGGACAGACGUGGGGACAUUCCCCAAGGUGGCUCCUGAAGCCACCGCUCAUCUCAGGAAUGGGUGUCCUCCUCGCUGGGGGGGGCACAGCGGGGGCCCUGCAUCCCCCUCCCCGGGGGGCUUUUGUACCGCGCUGGCGCACUCAGCGUUCGCCAAUACAGAGACUUUUUGCA